AUGGCAUUCGCCGCUCUCCUCACUUUCGUCGCUCUCGCCACUGCCGCUAGCGCCGCCGUCACUAAGCGCGUUACCUGCGCCGACGGUAACGUCACGGCCAACGAGGCGUGCUGCAUCCUCUUCCCCAUCCUCGACGACCUUCAGGCGAACCUGUUCGACAAUGGCGGUUGCGGUGAGGAUGUGCACGAGUCUCUCCGUCUGACGUUCCACGACGCCAUCGGGUUCUCGCUGCACAACUCUUCCGUCGGUACCGGCGCCGACGGAUCCAUUGCCAUCUUCGAGAACAUCGAGGCUAACUUCCAUGCCAGCAUCGGUGUUGACGAGAUCAUCAACGAGCAGAAGCCGUUCCUCGCCCGCCACCCCGAGAUCAACACCGCAGACUUCAUCCAGUUUGCAGGUGCAGCGGGUGUAUCCAACUGCCCCGGUGCUCCGCAGCUGCAGUUCUUGCUCGGCCGCGUGGAUGCGACGGCCCCCGCCGUUGACAAGACCAUCCCGGAGCCCUUCGACACGGUCGACACGAUCCUGGAUCGUUUCGCUGACGCCGGCUUCACUCCGGCCGAGGUCGUUGCUCUUCUAGCUUCGCACACUGUUGCUGCCGCUGAUGAGGUCGACCCAACCAUCCCUGGCACACCCUUCGACAGCACGCCCUCUACCUUCGACACCCAGUUCUUCGUCGAGACGCAACUGCGCGGCACGCUCUUCCCCGGUACUGCUGGCAACCAAGGCGAGGUUGAGUCUCCCCUCAAGGGCGAGAUGCGUCUGCAGUCCGACUCUGAGCUGGCGCGCGACUCUCGCACUGCAUGCCUCUGGCAGGCGAACGUCAACAGCCAGGCGCACAUGAUGAGCACCUUCGCCGCGGCUAUGGCCAAGCUCGCCGUUCUCGGGCAGGACACGAGCAAGAUGGUGGACUGCUCCGACGUCCUCCCCCGCGUCAAGCCAUUCACUGCUGCCGCGACCUUCCCCGCCGGUCUCUCCAAUGCCGAUGUCGAGCAGGCGUGUGCUACCUCUGCUUUCCCCACCCUCAAGACCGACCCCGGCCCGGCCACCUCUGUUGCCCCUGUCCCUCCUUCGUAA